AUGUCCCCUGAGAAGAAGCAUAAGAUAGGUCAGGAAGGGGUAGCAGGGCUCCAGGCACAUAUCUUGUUGCCUGAACUGAAAGCCAUGGUGUACAAGAAGUUCAAAGCCUGGCUGGGUGUUAAACUUUGCACUCUUCAUAUUUCCCUGGAUAUGGUUCAGCAGGCAGCUGGUAAAGGCUUUAAGGUGCCCAAAGGCCCCUACUACUUUUGUAUUCCAAUGGACCUGAUGGAGCAGAAUGGGAACAAUGAGCACCAUGGGGUGUAUGAGAGCAGGUCCCAUCAAGCUCUGACAAGCAUGAAUGACCCACUCGCAUGGAACAAUGAGAUAAAGCCCCUUAUGAUGGUGGACCUUACACUCAAGGAGGAAGACCUCCCUGAUGAUCUGCUUGAUCCAAACUGGGGCAAUGGACAGCUUACCCCAGUUUCCAACAGGGGGAGCAAACAUGCUUGA